CUAUAGUUUGUGCUGUCACUGUCAUUUCAAAUGAGUUUGCAUUUACUUUUUAAGAAGCAAAUUGAAAUUGUGCAUUGUCUUCUAAAAUUAUUAAAUAAAAUUUAUUUGUUUGAAGAGUCCGUUUUACUUAAUUUUUCUUAAAAAUGACUACUAACGGUGAUAUCGGCGGUCUCGAUGCCAGUGGCAAAAUUGUAAAAAUGGAAGUGGACUAUAGUGCGACAUGCGAUGAAAAGAUUCCAAUUUGGAAGUCAUGGGCUUCUAAAGGAAAAGUUCAGGAUGCAAUAGAUCAAUUGCUGGCACUGGAGAAACAAACAAGAACCGGUGCUGACAUGGCUUCCACUGCAAGAAUCCUCGUAACAAUAGUGCAGAUUUGCUUUGAAGCCAAGAAUUGGUCUGCACUGAAUGAUCAUAUUGCUCUUCUCUCUAAAAGAAGAUCACAACUAAAACAGGCUGUUGUUAAAAUGGUACAAGAAUGCUAUACCUAUGUUGAUAAAACUCCAGAUAAAGAGACUAAAAUAAAACUUAUUGAAACAUUAAGAUCCAUAACAGAAGGCAAGAUUUAUGUUGAAGUUGAGCGUGCUAGACUGACACACAUAUUAGCAAAGAUACGUGAAGAAGAAGGCAACAUUACCGAGGCUGCGAAGAUUAUACAAGAAUUACAAGUAGAAACAUAUGGCUCGAUGGACAAACGUGAAAAAGUCGAGCUUAUUCUGGAACAAAUGAGAUUGUGUUUGGCCAUCAAAGAUUACAUUCGCACACAAAUAAUAUCUAAAAAGAUUAACACCAAGUUUUUUGAAGAAGAUAGUACUCAGGAGCUGAAAGAAAAAUUCUAUCGUUUAAUGAUUGCUGUUGAUCAACAUAAUGGACAAUAUCUUGCCGUGUGCAGACACUUCCGGGCUCUAGGCCAAGCUGGUGGUUCUGAUUCUCUCAUUGGCAGUGUUGUGUUCCUCAUUUUGGCUCCAUAUGAUAACGAGCAGGCAGAUCUACACAGGCUAAACGAGGAUAAGGAUUUAGACAAGCUGCCUGAUUCUAGACAGCUGUUGGGUUUGUUUAUCAACCCAGAAAUCAUAAGAUGGAACACAUUGUGUUCUACAUACGAAAAGUUGUUACGAUUAACUCCAUACUUUGAUUCAAAUGAUGAGAAAGGCCAAGAGCGUUGGAAUGAUUUGAAAAACAGGGUUGUUGAACAUAAUAUUCGCAUCAUGUCGAUGUACUACACCCGCAUUACGCUCAAACGUAUGAGUGAGUUGCUCGGACUCAGUGAACUGGAGACAGAAGAGGCUCUGAGUCAACUCGUAGUUAGCAGUGUGGUGCGCGCGAAGAUCGACCGCCCUGCAGGAGUUGUUCACUUUAGCCUUAAUAUGGAUGCAUCAGAUCGUCUUAAUGAGUGGUCAAACAAUUUGAACACGUUAAUGCAACUUGUGAAUAAAACCACGCAUCUUAUCAAUAAGGAAGAAUGUGUACAUAAGCAUCUUAUGGCUACAGCGGAAUGAUUUAUACAAUAAUGUAGUGUCUAUAUCUAUCUAUCUACUAUUAUAAUUUUAAUUAUUUAAAUCU